AUCUUUUAGUGCCAGUUUUUGCCGGUUGUCGUCUCUUUAAAAAAAAUAAGCAGCUGCCGAUCACCGCUCAACGGUGUAACCGUCUCGCCGAUUGCGUUCCCGUGGAAGUCUUCGUUUUACCGUGAAUUCAUUCCUGGAUUUCGCUUACAGUUUCUUAAAUCAAUGGCCGCGGAGGAAAGUCAAGGCGCAGGAUGCGCCGCAGAUGCCGAUAUAACGGAAAAAGAUGAGCAGCAAACGAUGCGGAAAGCAGAAAUGGAAGAAGAAGCAAAGUUCAAGUCCAAAUACCCGGCAAACAUGAGGCCCGGAGGAUCUCUCUUCCUUCAGAAACGAUUGAACAAAGGGCAAAAGUAUUUCGACUCUGGAGACUACAACAUGGCCAAGGCAAAAGGCCAGAAAGUGGUUCCACGGGUUCCUCCCGCCGUCCCCCAGAACCCCACGGGGGAGACCAUCCCCACAGUGGAGUCGCUGCCGCCACGCAAGACCUCUCUGGUACAGAGCAAGCUGGCCACGGGGCUUUCUUCCUAGGAAGUGCAAAGUGGGGCUGCCCGCCCUACGGGGCUCUGGGUGACAUGAAACUCCUUUGCUGUUGUUGCUCCCCCCCCUACAAGAUUGAAGUGCAGCACAUGGGGGACAUCCAGGAGAUGUGCGUUUGCUCAUAGUUGGGAGCACAGGGCUAUUGGAUCUGAACUGGUCAGGUGCUUAUAAGAUCAACCAGUCCCACUUUUGCUCGAUUUGGCAAGACCGGGCCGACUGUAGGAGCAAGUCAUUGAUCUGGUGUUUUUGUGUUCUGGCAAAAGUUCAAAGGUGAAUGU